AUGGCUGUUAGCAAGCAGGACGGGCCUCAGGUCAUCUCUUUGACCAACGAGGAGCGCGACAGUGGUGUGAUGGGGGACAAGAAACUCUACGAUGCUAUCGAGGCCUUCUUCACAGACGGCCUCGUCGUGAUCGAGAAUGCAAUUGAUGUGGAAAUCAUUGAUCAGUUGAAUAAAAGAAUGCUUCAAGACACCGAGAAGUUGCUGAAGGGUCAAGGUCAAGUCCACUUCAACCAUCUAAAUGAGAAUGUAUCUUCCAAAGGAGCCGCUGCCGGUGGUAAUCUCUCACAAGUGCCUCCACUGCAAAAGGAAUGGCUAUUCCCAGAGAUAUACGCAAACAGGCACGCCACUCGUGUUGUAUCAAACAUUCUCGGACCACGACCCGAAGUUCACUUCAUCCGCACAAACACACUAAUUGCCACGGAAGAGCGCCAGAUGGUUCAUGCGGAUCUGCGCUUUGAGCACCCACAACAUCCUUUCGCGAUCGCUUACAACACUUGUCUCGUCGAUGUUGGUCCUGAGAAUGGCACAACCGAAUUGUGGCUGGGGACUCAAAAUACCACCAUCGAUGACCACCGCGAGCUUGGAGAACCUAUGAUUGCAGAGAGCAAGCUAGAGGAGCGCAGAAGGGUUCGGGGGCCUUGCUAUCCCCGGCUCAAGAAGGGAUCUAUCGUCCUCCGUGACCUGAGACUAUGGCACGCGGGCAUGCCAAACCCUACCCCAGACACGAGAAUUAUGCUGGCCAUUGUGUUCUACGCUGCUUGGUAUAAAAACGGUGUGGUCACUCAGAUGCCUGAGUCUCUGAAGCCUACAGUGGCAGAAUUGGAGGAAUACGGUCAACAUAAGAUUGCUGUCGAAUGGGUGCCUGACGAAGGGUACAACUAUCUCGACAUCAAGUUCAGCAACAAUUUUAGCUCUACCCUCACACCAUGGGUUUGGGAAAGAAUCCAGCACAUCAAGACAGUCAAGGGCUAUUAG